GAAGCUCCAAGUGCGCGUUCUCUCCUGCCUGCUGCAGCAAGUUGGGUGGGUGCUCAUCAGAGCUCCAGCAGAAAGAAGAGCAAGCUUUCCUCCAGCUUGCCAAGAUACACCACAACCUUCGACAGCAACAAUAACAAGAGAACAAGGCCAAAAUGGAGGUCCUUCUCGGCAUCACAGGCAAGGACUUCACCUUGAUUGCGGCGUCCAAGGCGGCGAUGCGCGGGGCGACAAUCCUCAAGGCAUCCGACGACAAGACGAGGCAGCUGAACAAGCACACAUUGAUGGCAUUCUCUGGCGAGGCUGGCGACACAGUGCAGUUCGCCGAGUACAUCCAAGCCAACGCCCAGCUCUACUCGAUGCGGAAUGACACCGACCUGUCGCCUUCAGCGCUGGCUCAUUUUGUUCGCGGCGAACUGGCAUCGAGCCUUCGGUCGCGGAAACCCUACAGUGUCAACCUUCUCCUGGGAGGCGUCGACCCCAUCACACACAAGCCGAGCCUGUACUGGCUAGACUAUUUGGCGUCGCUGGCCCCGGUGCCAUAUGCCGCACACGGUUAUGCUCAGUACUACUGCCUCUCCCUGCUCGACAAGCACCACCACCCCGACAUCAGCCUCGACCGGGGCUUGGAACUGCUCAGACUCUGCGCAGACGAACUGAAGAGGAGGUUACCGAUAGACUUCAAGGGACUGAUAGUCAAGGUUGUGACGAAAGACGGGAUUGAAGAAAAGCCAUUCGACGUGGACGAAGUGGUCAAGGGUACUUGAUGGUUUUGGCAGUUUGGAGCCCUAGCUAAUGCAACAUGUGCGUGAUGCCUUUCUUGUUCGAUCGGCGAUGGAGAAAAAUCCCAUGCUUUCCUCGGUUUCAUCGAAGGAGCAAUCCCAGCGGCGGGACUUGUUUGUGGUCGAUCAUACCUUGGCCAUCCCAGGAACCGAAUCCUGAUGUAGGUAAUCCAACUGCUGGUCUCAAUCGGAGUCUUGACAUCUUCAAUGGCAUCUCUCCGCAUACGACCAGUUACUACCUGUCGCCGGAGUCACUGUAGUAAGAUUGCAAACCC